AUGUCUGUCCCAACUACACCCGCUUUUGUACAUGUUGGAGCCUGGGAUGAUGAGACUAGGAAACACCCAGCUAUGAAAUGGAUGGAGGAGUACACUCUCAACUUUAACAAGCGUGGAGACUGGGACCAGGAAGAGAGUGAUUGGCUCUCCUCAGACUUCACGCUCAUCAAGCCGGAUGGAAAGACUUCCACAGGUAAUGCCGCCGCUUUCGCCGAAUCCAAGGGCAUGUACCAGUAUUUCACAUCCGAGUUUCAUGAACCGUAUUUCCUUGUCACCUGGGAGACGAACGAAGGUUGGGAGAUGCUCGGUCAAGCCUACUUCUUUGCAGAGCUCCCUGGUAAUGCGACAGCCCAGGAGAAGAAAGCUCAGGACCUGGCUGGGAGAGAGUGGGACGUCAAGAUCCCAGCCGCCUUUCACUUCGUAUAUGUGAAGCAGAAGGAUGCGUCACAUGAUGGUAUUGUGCUGAAGAGGACUGAGAUUAUGAGUGACAGUCUGCCGGCGGUGCAGAUUCUGAUGGCGAGAGGGGUUAUACAGCAGUGA